CCGGGGACGGUGCGGGAGCGGGCAGGGUGCGCUGCAGCGGUGGGGAUGGCGGAGGAGCUUCAUGAGUUGCGGGCGCUGGUGGAGCUGGCGGGUGGCAGGCGGGCAGUGCUGCUGGUGGCUGAGGUGGCGGAGGGGUCCCCGGCGGCAGCCACGUUGACCGCCUUCGCCCGCGACCUCCUGGGGGAGGAGGCUCCGCCGGGGCCGGGCUUCCAGUCGCGGCGGCGGGUUGUCGGCGGGCGGCGGGCGCUGGACGCGCGGCUGCUGCUGGUGCUGUGCCGCGGCGGGGCGGCGCGGGGCCAAGGGGCCAGGGUCCGCCUGCGGGAGGUGGUGCGGGAUGUGCGCGGCCGCCUGUCCCCAGCGCCGCCGCCCGCCGUCGUCGGUGUUCUCCUGCCCGGCGGGGAAGCGGAGGACGCGGCGGUGCUGGACGCCACGCUGCGGCGGCACUUCCCGGCGCCCGGCACGGUGCAGGCAGCCCAGUACAGCCCCGGCAGCCCCUCAGACCUGCGCGACUGCCGCGCCGCCGCCUGCCGCGCCCUGCGGGCAGCCCUACAGCACCCCGCAGAAGAGGUGAAAGACAGGGGAAGGUGGAGGCUCCCAUCCUUCCUGCGGUGUGUUUCUUGGAGCCGGAGGAGUUGGAGAAAAGAUCACAAAGCAAAAGCUGCAAACAACAUUCAUGAAGAUGACCCGCAGGACACUGAGGAAGAAGUGGCUCUGACCAGCCUGUCCCCCAAUGGAAACUAUGAAGAAGCUGCUGGAGGCACAGGCACUUAGAACUGCUGUGUGCUUAACGUAGUCCAUAGUGGAUUUGGAGCAGCGGGAGGAGGAGCUGGUGCAUGCCCACUCACCUCCUCUGAGGACCCACCACUACUGAGAGAAGCUGCUCGGCUUAACUCCCAGGGUCAAAAGACAGCCUGAUGUGUAUGCCAGAGAGCCAACACCUGCUGCCAGGGGAUGCCUGGAGCUACUGCUGGAAGUUCCCCCCCUUUCUCUGAUCAGGAAAAAAAAAAGAAGAAAAAAAAAAAAGAAGACAAA